UUACUAUUCAUUUACCUGCUAAAUGCAUUAACUCCAUAUCUCUAUCUCUGUGUGUCUUGUCUUCAUCUUCAUAGACAGUACUCUACUACUACUACUACUACUCAUAUAGUAGAUCUCAUUCACACAAUCAUUUGUGUGUUACAAUGUAGAGAGAAAGAAAAAUGGGAAAAUCAUCAUCAAGAAGAAGACUGUUAUCAAAAACAUUACCAUCAUCACCAUCUCAUUCAUUCUCAUCGUCAUCUUCCUCAUCAGAUUUUGAGUUCACAAUAUCAUUAUCAGCACACAAAGGAUCAUCAUCUUCAAAUCUGUUAUGUCCAGCUGAUGAACUCUUUUAUAAAGGACAGUUGCUUCCUCUUCAUCUUUCUCCUCGUCUUUCUAUGGUAAGAACUUUAUUAUUAUCACCAACAAGAACUUCUACUGAUACUGAUACUACUUCUCGUGAUUCAACUGGUAGUACUAAUGAUUCGCAUUCUUCGUUCGGUUGUGAAUUACUUGGUAAUGAUGGUUGUGAUUCAUCUAGACCUAGUUCAGUAAGUGCAGAGCUUGAAGAUGAGUUUAAACGACUUAGUUCUCAUCGUGAACAGGAUCAUGAAGUCCAUUCUGCCCAUUCUCAUCAAGAACACCAAGUGAAGAAGCCCAAGUAUUUUUCUUUAUCUAGAUUCUCAUCUGUGUUUAGGAAAGAUCAGACGAAGUUAAAUAGACAAGUACAACAACAAGUGGUGGUAGCUGCUGCUCAACAUCACAGUUCUCCAUCUGAAUCAGCAUCAUCAGUUAAAAAAGUGAGCAGCUCUUCUUCUUCUUCAGCAAAAGAUGUGAUAAGAAAGUACUUAAAGAAAGUGAAACCUUUAUACGAAAGGUUAUCAUCACAAAAACAACAACAAGAACAGAAGAUGGACAGUGUUAUUAAAUCUACAACUAGCCGGGUGAUAUCUUUAUCCUUGAAGAGUACUGGUUGUAGUUUAACAGAAAGUUCCAUUAAAAGCAGCAGAGACAUGGCGGGUAGUCUUUGUUCUUCAUCAUCAGUUAUUAGUAGUAAUAAAGAGAGUGGAAAUGGAAGAUUUUCAAUUUCAUUUUCAGGGAAUUUAAGAUAUCCAAGAAAGAGAAGUAACAAUCUAAGCUGCCCAUCUUCAAUUAGAUCAUCACCAAACCAUUCUGGAGUUCUUUGUAGAAACAAAGUUAUGAGCUGUGGAAAUUCAAAUAACAAUGUAAUGAUAAGAAGUGGGUUUAAUUCAGAAGCAUCAUCAAUGAAUGAAUUACAGAAUGCUAUUCAAGGUGCUAUUGCUCAUUGCAAGAACUCAAUGGCUCAGGCUCAGGCGACUAAAUCAGAAGCUACAGUCGCUACAGAACAAACUUGUUUGUUGACGGUAAGUUAAAAAAUUAGUGACACUUCUGUUUUUGGGGACUUUAAUUAAUCUUUUAGAAUUUCAUUUUCUUGAUUUUAUCGUAGUUUGUCUCAAAUAUCACGUGAAUGGGUGUUGGAAUCUUUUAUUUCUUCUAAUUUUAUAUUUUUUGUGGAUGAA